CUUAGCUCUCAAGAUGCGUUAACUAAUUUUGUGUGUUUAAUGAUGACUUCAUGGUGCUCUUUGCAACUCAUCAACUUUUUACUGUAAAGGUUGAGACUCUCGGUUAACUCAUUGGGAUUAGUCAAAAAGGGAUUUGUUUUCCCAUACUUCCCUAGCCUUGCCAGGCCGGAAAUAUAUAAAACAGUUUCUUCGUCAGUUCUUCUGAUAUACAAAUUACUAAAGGCGGAACUAUCUCGUGAUAUCUAAUAACCAGAGACUAGAACGUCAACAUGGCAUCUCAAGUAGGAGCUUCUUUUUCCCUGACUAAGACCGAAGCAUUGGCUCACCAGUUUCAUCAUAGCUAAGCUCAGAAUCAACACCAGUUUAUACCCUUGCAGAAGGAAACCCAAUCGGAGAUCCAACAACUGCUCUUCAAAUUAGUCGACCUGGUGGUGGCGGACUACUGCUUCUACAAGACACACAACUUAUUGAGACCCUCGCCCACUUUGCUAGAGAACGUAUUCCGGAGCGAGUGGUCCAUGCAAAAGCUGCGGGUGCUUUUGGGACGUUCACUGUCACACAUGAUAUCUCCCAAAUCACUUCAGCAAAGUUCUUGAAUGGGGUGGGGAAAAAGACCGACGUCCUGGUAAGAAUUUCCACAGUGGGACCAGAGAGGGGAAGUGCAGACACAGCAAGAGACCCACGGGGUUGGGGUUUCAAGUUUUACACAGAGGAGGGCAAUCAAGAUUGGGUUUUUAAUAACACUGUAAGCUUUGCAUUCUCUUCUAUAAUUUGCCGAGCAAAUUUAACCAGUAUUCCUUAGCCUAUCUUCUUCAUAAGGGAUCCCAUCAAGUUUCCUAGCUUAGAUAGAUCUCAUAAAAGACACCCGCAAACAAACCUAAAUGGCAAGCCGACUCAUUUGUUUUGUCAACACCGCCGCAAGGAUUGGUAA